AUGUCUAUGCAGUUCACGGUGAAGAAGUUUCCGGCCACACCGACGCUGAAGAAUCACUGCGGGCUGCCAUGGGGCUGCGUGGUUUCUCCCUUCGCGGACGUGAAGGGCGACGCGUCGGAGCGCGCGCCGCGCACCAGCAGCGUCGCCCGCUGCUCCAGCUGCUACGCCUACGUCAACCACCAGUGCGCCUUCGAGCACUACGGCUGGAUCUGCUCCCUCUGCCAGCACCUCAACGACUACCGCGGCCUCGACACGCGGUACGCCCGCGGCACCGUCCGCGCGCGCCUCCCCGAGCUGCGCAGUGGCGUCACCGAGCUCAUCGUCGACGACAGCAACGGCAUCCAGGCGAGCGCGGACGCCGAGAUCGUCGGGAGCCCGAUCGUGCUCGCGCUGGUCGACGCCACGGCGCCGCGGGGGCAGAUGGAGGCGGUGAGGUCGUCCCUGCUCGGGGCGAUCGAGGCCAUGGAGGACUCGGCACUGUUUGGACUGAUCACGUUCUCUCGCCGGGUGACGAUGUACGACUUGCAGGGCCCGGACCGGCCGGUCGCGGUGCACGUGCCGCUGAGCUCGCGAGCCGAGCUGCGGGCGGGCGCGGGCCCGACGCGCGUCGCGCUUGAGGACGCGAUGCCGCUGGCGCACCUGCUCUGCCCCAUUGGGCAAUGCCGGGAGCGUGUCCAGGAGCUGCUGGAGUGGCUGGAGCCAGAACACAUCCCCAACAGCCCCCAGGACGCGCACGAGGGCCACCGCGGACUCGGCGGCGCGCUGCAGGCGGUGAUGCAGCAGCUGUCGACAGGCGCUGCAGCACUGAUUCAUUUCCUGGAAGGGGCUGCGUCAGGCAACCGCCGCGCGAGCACGCAAGGCUCGGAGUCGUACGGGUACGCCGGUGCGCGCCUGCUCGCGUUCGUGUCGGGCAGGCCCGACUACGGUGCGGGCGCCGUGCGCACCCGUGGCCGCCGCGGGCAACAGGCGACGACGCUGGCGCCGCCGAAGCGCUUGGCGAGUAUGGACCGGGGCGGGGACGUCGGCGGGGACCUCGAGGGCGACGGCGUCGCCGGGGACGAGGAGGUGGGGGGGGGGCGUGUUGAUGUCAAGUCGCGUGCGUUCUACCAGGACGCCGCGAUCGCCGCGGCGGCGCUCGGGGUGUGCGUGGACCUCUUCGUCACGCCGCCGACGCAAGCGGACCUCGGGCUCGAAGCGCUGGAGCCGCUGACCUCCAACAGCGGGGGGUGUCUGCUCCUUUACCCCCCCCCGAUCGAGGUGGCCACGCUCCCGCACGACGUGUUCCGGCGGAUCGCCGCGCCGCACGCGCACGCCGGUCGUCUGCGCCUGCGCUGCUCGCCGGACCUCGCCGUCGGCCGCGCCUACGGGCGGCUGUUCACGGACGAGCAGCACGAAGCGCUGCACCACGUGGUGGCAUGCGACUCGAUCGACACGUACGCGUUCGACCUCGAGUUCACCUCGCCCGACGGCCUGCUCGCGUACGUCCGGACCGGAGUCCGCCCGCCCGUCCUCCAGAUGACGUUCAGCUACACCGCGCUCGUACCGCGGUACGGCGGCGAGUCGGACCACCCGCGGGCCAGCGGUCUGACCGACACCAGCACCGCCCGGGAGUCGCGCGACAUGGACGCGCCCACCGGGUUCCUCCUCCAACGGCGCGUGCGCGUCCUGACGGUGCGCGCGGACGUCGCGUCCUCGGCGCAGGAGAUCUACUACUCCUGCCACACCGGCGCCUGCCUCUCGCUGCUAACCCACAAGGCGCUGCGCGCGGUCAACGAGGAGGGCACGGCGGAGGCGAAGGAGCUCCUCGCGGACUGGGUGACGAACCUCGUUGCGUCGUGGAACUGCUUCUACGUGAACAACUUCCGCGGCGCGAGCGCGGGCCUCGUGCGCACGACAGACCCAGGCGCGCUGGACAUGUCGCUGGAGGACGUGCCCGCGGUGUCGCCGCUGAUCCGCAUGGCGUACGCGCUGAUCCGCUCGCCCGUCCUGCAGCCCGCGGAGGUCGCCGCGGCCGCGGGGCCGGACGCCGCGGACGGCGUGGUGUUCACCGCCGCGCUGUGGGGGGGUCUCCCGCCAGACCUGCUCAUGCUGUCCAUGUACCCGGAGCUCUCCGUGUGGAACUCGCCCGACACGCUCAAGUCCCCCGCCGAGGCGCUGUCGAGCCAGACGCUCGUCGACCACCCGGGCUGCAUCUUCCUCAUCGACUCGCUGUCAGCAGUGAUCGUGUAUUACACCCCCGACGCGCUGACGCAGUACGAGUGCCCGCCGCCGCGCGGGAGCACGAUCCACCGCGCGAUCGCGUCCGCGAGCGAGACGCGCCGCGUCGCGCCGCGCGUGAUUUACGUGCGCGCGGGCGUGGACGCGACGGCGCCGCUCUCGCGGCACUUCAUCGAGGACGCCGCGCCGUACUCGCGGCCGCAGCUGCAGCGCGCGCAGUCGAGCGAGCGCCGCGCGUACGCCCGCGCGGGGGACCUCGACCUGGACACCCCCGAGGACGAGAUCGGAUCUGCGGGGCUGGUGGAGGCGGCGCUGGAGGGCUGGGACGCGUUCAGCGCGCAGCUGCGGCGGCGCGUCGAGAUGCUCGUGCGCAGCGGCGCGUACGACCGCUGA